UAUCUCGCAGGCCUGUGCCUUGAAUUGACCGUUAACAGCUCAUCAGACGUGAGGUUCGGUGUCGUCCGGUUGGAUCCGCUAUGCGACCUGCGCGACAGCGACACCAAUAGCGAUGAGCCCCGCAUGGAAAGGAUAGAAACAGAGGAACCUGUC